AUGCCAAGUACCAGUUUUCCAGUCCCUUCCAAGUUUCCACUCGGCCCUCCGGCUGCCGCCCUCGGGAGCGGAGAAACUUUGGGGCCCGCGCCACCCGCCGGGGGCACCAUGAAGUCGGCAGAGGAAGAACACUACAGCUAUGUGUCCUCCGGCAUCAGCUCCGCCCCACCGCUCCCCACAGCACACCCCUCCCUGCCAGCCCCGUGCCACAACCUGCAGACCUCUACCCCGGGCAUGUCGGCUGUCCCUGCAACAAGCCACCCUGUUGGCUACGGGGCGGCUGUGGACAGUGGGUCCUCAGGGUACUUCCUCUCUUCCGGCAGCAUCAGGCCCGAUGGGGCCCCGGCCUUGGAGAGCCCUCGAAUCGAGAUCACCUCGUACCUAGGUCUGCACCACAACAGCAGCCAGUUUUUCCACGACGUAGAGGUGGAGGAUGUUCUCCCCAGCUCCAAGCGGUCACCUUCCACGGCCACGCUGAGCCUGCCCGGCCUGGAGGCCUACCGCGACCCCUCGUGCCUCAGCCCGGCCAGCAGUCUGUCCUCACGCAGCUGCAACUCCGAGGCCUCCUCCUACGAGUCCAACUACUCGUUCCCCUAUGCGUCCCCCCAGACCUCCCCGUGGCAAUCUCCUUGUGUGUCCCCCAAGACCACGGACCCUGAGGAGGGCUUUCCCCGCGGCCUGGGAGCCUGCACCCUGCUGGGGUCCCCAAGACACUCCCCAUCCACCUCGCCCCGCGAGAGCAUCACGGAGGAGAGCUGGCUGGGUGCUCGUAGCUCGAGGCCAGCGUCCCCCUGCAAUAAGCGGAAAUACAGCCUCAAUGGCCGGCAGGCCCCCUGCUCACCCCAUCAUUCGCCCACGCCAUCCCCGCAUGGCUCCCCACGGGUCAGCGUGACGGAGGACACGUGGCUGAGCAACACCACCCAGUACACCAGCUCUGCCAUCGUGGCGGCCAUCAACGCCCUGACUACCGACAGUAGCCUGGACCUGGGCGACGGUGUCCCAGUCAAGUCCCGCAAGACUGGCCUGGAGCACUCGCCCUCAGUGGCACUCAAGGUGGAGCCGGCCGGGGAGGACCUGGGCACCACCCCGCCCAUGUCUGACUUCCCACCCGAGGACUUCCCCGCCUUCCAACACAUCCGGAAGGCCUCCUUCUGUGACCAGUACCUGUCAGUGCCGCAGCACCCCUACCAGUGGGCUAAGCCCAAGGCCCUGACCCCCACGUCCUAUGUGAGCCCAUCUCUGCCAGCCCUCGACUGGCAGCUGCCAUCCCACUCGGGCCCCUACGAGCUUCGGAUCGAGGUGCAGCCCAAGUCCCACCACAGAGCCCACUACGAGACGGAGGGCAGCCGGGGGGCUGUGAAGGCAUCGGCUGGAGGACACCCAGUGGUGCAGCUGCAUGGCUACUUGGAGAACGAGCCACUCACGCUCCAGCUAUUCAUUGGGACAGCGGACGACCGCCUGCUGCGGCCACACGCUUUCUACCAGGUCCACCGAAUCACAGGGAAGACUGUGUCCACCACCAGCCACGAGGCCAUCCUCUCCAACACCAAGGUCCUGGAGGUCCCGCUUCUGCCGGAGAACAACAUGCGUGCCAUUAUUGACUGUGCUGGAAUUCUGAAACUUAGAAACUCUGACAUUGAACUUCGGAAAGGAGAGACAGACAUCGGGAGGAAGAACACCAGAGUGAGGCUGGUUUUCCGGGUCCACAUCCCCCAGCCCAAUGGCAGGACUCUGUCUCUCCAGGUUGCCUCAAACCCAAUCGAAUGCUCCCAGCGCUCAGCCCAGGAGCUGCCCCUUGUGGAAAAGCAGAGUUUGGACAGCUACCCAGUCGUGGGCGGGAAGAAGAUGAUCCUGUCCGGCCACAACUUCCUUCAGGACUCCAAGGUCGUUUUCGUGGAGAAAGCGCCAGAUGGCCACCACGUCUGGGAGAUGGAAGCAAAAACGGAUCGAGACCUGUGUAAGCCAAAUUCCUUGGUGGUUGAGAUACCGCCAUUCCGCAAUCAGAGGGUCGCUGGCCCCGUCCAAGUCAGUUUCUACGUCUGCAACGGGAAGAGGAAGAGGAGCCAGUACCAACCGUUCACCUACCUUCCUGCCAACGUUCCAGUUAUAAAAACAGAGCCGUCUGAUGAUUAUGAACCUGUGGCAGCCUGUGGACCAGUGAGCCAGGGGUUAAGUCCUCUGCCAAGGCCCUACUAUGGCCAGCAGCUCGCAGUGCCACCUGACCCUACCUCCUGCCUUGUGGCCGGCUUCCCCCUCUGUCCACAGAGAGGCACCGUGGUGCCCACACCUCCCAGUGCAAGCCCAGAGCUCCAUGACCUUUCUUCUGCCGCCUACACCAAGGGCAUCAACAGCCCAGGUCACUGUCACCUGGGACUUCCGCAGCCAGCCGGAGAGGUCCCCACCGCCCAGGACGUGCCAAGACCUAUGGCUGGGCACCCAGGCUCGCCUGAGCAGCCGCCCCCCGCCAUGCUGCAGCCGCAGGUGAGUCCCCAUCUGGGCAGUAGCUGCCCCCUGGGUCGGCAGCACACGUUCUGCCCCGUCAGCCCCUCUUCCCCACCUCCGCCUGCCACCCAAGAGCCAACCUGCUUGCAGCCCUGCAGCCCAGCGCACCCGCCCGCGAUGGGCCGCCAGCAGCUCCUGCUGCCGAAGGUUCACAGGAACGAGUCUUCAACCACCGGGCCACAGUCCCUGCCAGAGGUGCGUGAGGACAGUGGUGGUAACUUGGCCCUUAUUCCUGUAAUGGUCAAGCGAGAACCUGGAGAGCUGGACCAGUUGUACCUGGACGACGGUAAGUGCCCAUGGCCGUGCAGCUGUGUGCCCCCUGGAGCUGCGGCCGUGAGCUCUCGGAGGGGCAUACAGAUUGGCUGAUGGAGGCAGCCACAGGCCGGGCCUGG